AAUAGGUCCUAAAAUAUCCUUUCCAAAAGACUUUCCCAGCAGUGUCCAGAAUUAUUCUGAAAAGCGUGAAACCCAGACUCUCUCCGGGAUGAACCUCAGCGCUGCAAGUCACCGUAUACCUCUAAGUGAUGGAAAUAGCAUGCCUAUCAUCGGUCUCGGCACCUAUUCAGAACCUAAACUGACUCCUAAGGGAACCUGUAAGAAUUCUGUGAAGAUUGCCAUUGACACAGGCUACCGUCACAUUGAUGGGGCCUACAUCUAUCAGAAUGAACAUGAAGUAGGGGAGGCCAUCAGGGAGAAGAUAGCAGAAGGAAAGGUGCGGAGGGAGGAUAUUUUCUACUGUGGAAAGCUGUGGGCUACCAGGCAUGACCCUGAGAUGGUCCGUCCAACCCUGGAGAAAACACUUAAUGUCCUCCAGCUAGAUUAUGUGGAUCUUUACAUCAUUGAAAUACCCAUGGCUUUCAAGCCUGGAGAUGAAUUCUAUCCUAAAGAUGAGAAUGGCAAAUGGUUAUAUCACAAGUCAAAUCUGUGUGCCACUUGGGAGGCUUUGGAAGCUUGCAAAGAUGCUGGCUUGGUGAAAUCCCUUGGAGUGUCCAAUUUUAACCGCAGGCAGUUGGAACUCAUCUUGAACAAACCAGGACUCAAACAUAAGCCAGUCAGCAACCAGGUUGAGUGCCAUCCAUAUUUUACUCAGCCCAAACUCCUGAAAUUUUGCCAAGAACAUGGCAUUGUCAUUACUGCAUAUAGCCCUUUGGGGACCUCAAGGAAUCCAACCUGGGUGAAUGUAUCAUCCCCACCUUUGUUAAAGGAUGAACUUCUAAACUCACUGGGGAAAAAGUACAAGAAGACAGCAGCUCAAGUUGUUUUGCGUUUCAACAUCCAGAGAGGAGUGGUUGUUAUUCCUAAAAGCUUUAACCCUGAAAGGAUCAAAGAAAAUUUUCAAAUCUUUGACUUUUCUCUCACCGAAGAAGAAAUGAAGGACAUUGAGGCCUUAAAUAAAAAUGUCCGCUUCGUGGAGAUGCUCAUGUGGUGUGAUCAUCCGGAAUACCCAUUUCAUGAGGAAUACUGACUUCAGAGUGCAUUUCCAUGGAUUUUUCCCUCCCAUCAUGCCAGAAUCUUGUAGGGGAUAGUUCCUUUAGAUGUAGAAAUGAAAAGGUUUUACUAUCUUUAAGUGAAGUGGUGAUGUGUACACUCUCAAGUUUUGUGCACAGUAAAUGCCUUUGGCUUAGGUAUGUAAAGAAAAAAAAUAUGUUUAAAUCUGUUGAAAUAAUUGUUUGGAAACUAUAAGCUAAUAUUUUAUUAGCUCAAGGUCUUCUGAGUUCCAGACAGAAAGACGUUAGACUUUAGAAGAGAGAGAUUUCAGAGGCAAUAUAUGAUAAUAAAUAACUCAUGAAUCUAAUUACUGCCAUUGGGAGCCUGAAUUCCUUACUUUAGCAGCUAACAGGGCAACAAAAAGGGUGGAAGGCUGGCACAAGUCAGUGCUGGAAGUGACCCUGAUGAUUUGGACUACUGACUGUAACACAGACACAACCAAGAUAAGAUCUACACAUGCAUUAUUAACAAGGAAGUGAUUUGCUACACCUUGUAUAAAAAGAAAGGGCUACAUGUAGAAAAGUCUUAAAUAGAGCUAAUUAAACACCACAGUGAUCACCAAAGACCUGACGAUUUGGUUGUUGUUUGUUUCCACCCAAGGGGGGUUAGUCUACCUUUCACCCAGUUUGAGGGAUGGAUAAUUGCUUGUUUCCUCUUGCAUGCUUUCAAGGGUCUGUGCAUGCACAUAACUAAUGAUCCAUACUUACACUGCCUAUCACUCUUGCUCUACUCAUCAUACAACCAUCAUUAAGUGAAUUGGCUUGAGACAACCUUCAUUACACAAAUAAAAUCCUGAAUCAUAAAAAUAA